GACAUACUAGCCGUGGACAGGCUAGUGUCGGCAGGAAUGAUUAGUGCCGUUUCAGAGCUGCCGCAGAGAGUGGAUGUAGUACACACGGUAGAGAUUACUUGCACUAUGCACGGUAUAGACAAAGACGUUAUAAUAAAAUACAAGACAGUCAUCGUAUAUAAAUCAAGGGAUUUUAUACUACAUGGUACAAGCAUGUACAGAUAUAGUAUGCCAAUCAAAUAAAGCAGUGAAACACAAUGCAUCCCAAUCGGGUAUAGCGCGGGUGCCUCUCCAAACCGCCAAAGAACGACGACGACGACGACCCUGUCUGAGCACAACUGCCGGCGGUUGCUGUCUCUCUUUUUCUUUCUUCUCUCUGUGUUUCUGUUGUCUGUUCCUCUGUCCUUGCUUGUCUUGUUCCUGUGCCUACUCCGUAUAUCUUCAUUCAUCUAAUCUCAAGCAUAUCUCAUCUCCGAGGCUAAGGUUGCGACUAGCCUCACUACAGCUUCGGCCUAAGAAAUCCCCUGAGCUCAGACUCCAGAGGCGCCAUUGUGAGUAUUUCAUCAUUGAGACUGAAAUUGUCAGAGUCUUGGUUUCCUGCUCACUGUUGAUAUAUCAGUAUUCACAGUGCCCCAGAAGAUUCCCACUCACCCCGCCAAAACAACCACAUCCCUUCCCCGAGACGACGACCACCACCACGACCAUCACGACCUUCUCCCCUGAACUCUAGCACAGCCUCUUUCUUUGUCUUCUUCAAUUGACUUGUGUUUGGCGGACAAGACCAUCGUCAUUUCGUCAUAAUCAAGUGCUCGUGCCUCUUACCUCCACAACUUCGAUACCCCCCCUGUCGAUCCCUCUCUUUGCGGGCAAAAGCUCCCAGCGU